CAAGAAUCAAUUGGCGAGCGAGGAUGGCGGCGCGAUUCUCCGCAAUCAGUUCCCGGAGCGCGGCGCUUGACCUCUGUGAAAGCUCCGAUGAGUUGGCCCAUGAUUCGUUCUUCGAUGACAGAAGAGAGAGAGCACGUCCCGUCGGGGAUGAUUUAGCUCUGUACCCAUUCAACAGCGGAAUUGCUAUUGCUUACAGGAAAAUAAAUUAAAGGUAUCGAAAGAACUUUUUAUUAGUCUAUAAUACGAUUAAUGUCAGUAGUGAAAUUGGGAUUAAAACUAUGGUCCUUCUUUAAAAAUGUUUUCAAAAAUAGUACUCCCAAAACUACUCGUAAAAAUAGGUGUGGAGGUUUGUUUUAUUCAAUUCGGUCUAUUGAGACCACGGAACUCUCUACAACAAACGUUUCACGGUAGUUCUUUCUUUUAAAAGAUAUAAACUUUUUUUUUUUUUUUUUUUUUUGUAAAAAAACAAAGUUUAAACAAUAAGGACAAAAAUUUAGUUCAAAAACAGAAAUUUGAAAUUGAAUGGAAAAAAACCAAAAAGAAAGAAAGAAAGAAAGGCACUUAGUUCAACCAGCAAGUGUGACGUAGCCUUCCACGUGGCGUUGAGGUGGCAAGGUGUAGGCAUGGUUCAGUCUCUUGUAAAGAAUUCGGUCUUACCACUACUGAAUUCAAUAUCCUCCCAACGUCUGGGAACAAUAUGUCCAUAUUGGAUAAUUAGUUGAGUUUUGAAUUGUGGUUUUAAUAUGUCUCUUGAGUUAAAAGGGUUCGUUUAAAGAUAUAGAGCAAUUUAGUAUGGAGUUAAAUAAGUAUUUAUUUAUUAUGCAUGUAUUUUGGUGUUGAAAGUGCAAUCAAAGUAUUGCAUUCCUUGGAUAAGGAAAUAGUAAUUCCUAUAGAAAGGGUGUUAAUUGUUAUCAAUGUUAUGAGAUUUUUUGGGUAAAAUCAAAAGUAAAAGUCACGAGAUUUUAUAUAAAAAAGAAAAUUGUCCUUGAAAAUGAUUGACAAAGGUGGUUUUCUUAUCAAAAAGUGGUUUUGUCGAAGUUUGUUUAUCAAACAAGUAAAGUUCGACUAAAUCCAAGUUUGAUGUAGUAUAUUUUACUAAUAAAGUAGUAAUAUUAGUAGACAUACAUUUAAACAUAAGAAGAAAAAAGAUUGAAGUUCGUGUCUUAUACUGAUACAUUAUAAAUUUCCAGCAAGGUAAGAUUUUCCAAUGAUAUUGAAGAAGCUGUCUGUCACAGAAAAUUGAUAAAUGGUUGCAAAGAGUGGCACGUGAGGGGAUUGUGGAGGGGUGUGGGUACGCACGUGGGGUAGUGGACUAUCGUUUUGUGUUAGGAUUGGAACAGUUCCAAGGCAGCUAGAGAGAGAAGAAAGGGAAGAUUGACACAAUUGGAUAAGUUGCUCAGUCUUAGACUUAGACUUAGUGUGUGAGAGAGAAAGGACAUUCCAAAUAUCUUCCUCUAAAUUAAUCAAAUCUAUAACUAAUGUUUUAAACAGAUUGGUAGUCCCAUCCUUCACGUUCCUUUGUCCAACACUUGGAAAACAUCGCACAUACACAUGCUUCCAAAAAAACAAACAUAAAACAAUCAACCAAACUAAACCAAUACCUGACCAUAGCUUGACUUGGGUGACCAGUUUGUAAUAUUUUCACACUUGGGCUUGCCUAGUUCUAUUGGACAAAACAAGUCGUCUUUUUAAUAACUUAUUUUGUUUAUUUACUUUCAUUUCAUUGUAAUCCUAAUCUCUACUGUAACAUAUUAAUUAGAUCAAUACGAGUGUAGUUGAAUUUACGAGUUUGUUAUUAACUUUUAAAGAACUUAUUUAAUACAAAAUCACUUGCUAUUAUUGUAUAGAUGUAAUUAGUCUCUGCAUUGCCUUAAAGUUUUAAAAAGUUGAACAUGUGCUUCUUUUUUUUAUUAUUAUUAAAAGCACACAAUGAUCAUAAGUAGAAAUUCCACUUCCUUAUUGUUGAAGAAGAGAAUUGAAUGUGUAUCUUGGAUUUUGUAUGACUAAAAAUUGUUAUUUUGUUGUAUUUCUGUUGGCAGUAAUGAUUUCUUGUAAUAUACAAAUAAAUAGAAGUGACACACCAAAGGAAAGUUUGAUCUAUCAAUCACUUAAUUGGAUAAUUCAAGACCCUCUCGGACCCACCAAAGGAUUUUUUUUAAAAAAAAAAAAAACUGAAAAUUAUACUUUUAAGAAAUGGAAGAGAAAAGAUGUAUACCUGUAUUUAAAAAAGAAAAGAAAAGAAAAAAGAAUAAGAAUAAAUAUAUAGAUAUAGAACUAAUUUGAAUGAGAUGGGAGGAAAGGAAAGGAAAGGAGAGUAGUAAUAGUGUAUGGUUAGAUUGGGGGAAGGUUUGAUGAGAUGAAGAGAGGGUGGGAGUAGGCCAUACACGUGUUAAAGGUUGGGACCCACCUUAAGAUCUUCCCAAAAACAGCAAAGAUUGACCCACUGUGCCUGAUUGUGACCACUCCUCCCCCAUUCUUUUUGAAGCCUCCCCCCUCCCCCUCCCCCUCCCCCAACACUACUCAUUACCCAAUUUCCAUGAUUUUAGGACUACCUCUCCAAUAUUUAUAACACAAAUGUGCUGCUAAUUGUGUUUUUUUGUUGACAAUUAAUUUUGAAAAAAACUGAUCAUAAAUGAAGAGGAAGAAUAGUAAAAAAAAAAAAAAAGUGAGAUAUAAAUCAAGCAAAAUGAAAAUGGAUGGGAGGGGAGGGGAGGGGACAAGCACUCUGGUAAGAUUCUGCCACGUGUACGGCGGGAAAGGCAGCAAAGACAAGUAUAUCUUAGGGAGUACAUCUCCAAAGAUCUCUCCAAUCUGAUUUUGCAUAACAAAAAAUGUCAAAGUUGUUUCUGUAAAGUCCGAAAUUCGUAAUUUCCUCUUUUUCCGAUAAAUCCAGCUUUCUGGGUGUUUGACACGUGUACUCCUUUUCUCCCUUUAUCCUUUAUCAAAAAAGGGAUAAUUUCAAAAUAUAAAUAUAAAUAAAACUGCCAAAAAAAAAAAAAAAAAAAAAAAGAAGAAGUGUACUCCAAAACCCAGAUUGGUGUAUGAUGAGAGAUUUGCAUUGUUUCUUUUAAUGAAACAAAUGAGAUAGAUUUUGGAUUUGCCAAACUCUCAUAUCUUAAAUCUACAACUCAACCCCCCCCCCCCCCCCUCUCUUUCUUUAUUAUUAUUCGUUAUAUCUUCCCCCUCGGUAAUUAAAUAAAAAAACGCAAACCUUAUAAAUUAUUGCGUUUUUGUAGUCAUUGAAAGAAAAGUAAAAAUUGGUGUUAAAUACUAAAAAGGAGACUAGUUCAACUGGUAGUAUUGAACUCGAAAAAAAAAUUAAAAAAAAGAAAAAAAUUGAGGAUAUAAUGAAUAGAGUGAUAUAUAAAAAUGGAAGAAAUGCAGAAAAUAUGAGAGAGGGAGAGAUGAAAAAUGUUAAACAAAAAAAGAAAAGAAAAAGAAGUUGUUCCAUCAAGCUGAGUCAAUAUGGGGCCCUUUGUAUUUGGUUUGUGAUGAAUGAAAGUCAUAAAAGGGUAGGGGGGGAGGAGGAGGAGGAGGAGGAGGUGGUGGUGGGACACGAUUCUCUGCCAAACUAUUAUUUACUCUUUAUCUCUCACCCUCAGCCUUACCCUUUGCUUUCCAUUUCCUUCCUUCCCCAACCUCCCAAUUUCUCUCUCUUCUCAAUUAUUUGCCAUUGCCUUCUCUCUCUCUCUCCCUCUCUCUCCUCUAUCAUUACUCAUUCCCCACCAUUUAUUUCUCUACUUUUCAACCAAUAACCAUUCACAUCCUUACAAUCUAAAAGCAACCUUAGCCUGCUAAGUAAUAGCUAAGGUUUUACGUUAAGAUGGGCUUAGUUUGAUCGUGAUUGAUAUUAUCUCUUAUUGUAAGAGUAUCUCUUAUUGUAGGAGUGUAAGGUUCGAUCUCGAAUUCAGGAUCAAUUAAAGUAUGACAUAAAAUUACAAACAAAAUCCCAUAUUUUAUUUUCUUACCAACAUGAUAUGUAAUUUAUGGACGUAAAAUGGUAGAAGAAUGAGAGUAGAGAUGUUCCAAUCAAUAAAAAUAAGAGUAGGGUUAAAAUAAUGGUGCGGUUAGUUACAUCUAUUGUCAAUCUUAAACCUACUUCAAUUGAUUGGAAUAUAUACUUUUUGACUAAAAGAUGUGACAGGCUUGGAUCUCUUUAUCUUAGACAUAUCAUUGAACCGAUUAACAAAGAAAAAGAAAACAAAAUUUACAGAGUAAUUAAGAAAAUAUUGUGAAGAAGGGUCUGUGUGUGAGUGAUCAGUGGGGAGUACCAAUCCUACAAAUGGAAGUGGAUUAAGAGGCUCCUGAAGUAAUUAAGUUUUCGAAUGGGCCAUGGGGAUGAGUGCUUCUAUUGUUAUGAGGAUUAUAGUCCAAUGUGAAUGUUUCCAAAUGCGUUCUUCCCCUCCUUGUUGGGGGUGGUUUCAGAUUUUCUUUUGGGCUUGGGCUCAGCCCAGGAGAGAAUUCAAAAUUAGUGUAAAUGGGCCAGAUAGAGGGGCUCCCUAUAAUUUUUUGGAUUGUAACUCAUCGUGGUUUAUGAAAGUAGAGUUAUGUUUUCAUAACGUACAUGCGCUAAUUCAGUAGAGAAAUAUAUGUGUGUUAUGGGGUGGAGGAAAUCUUCCAUCGUUUAUUCUAUGGUUACUUCCUUAUAUAAUAUUAUGGUAGUAUGAAUCCUAUAACAUUGGAGUAGUGUAAUUUAGUUUAAUUUCUUCCAAUAAUAUAAUACUAGACUGAACUUUAAAACUUGGAGUCAUCUUCACGCAUGCAGUAGUGAAGAUAAAAAAACAAAAGAAAACACAGUAAGAAGAGGAAGCAAAGCAACCAUCAUAUAUCCUAACAACCACCGCCAGUCCUUUUUGCUUCCAACACUUCAACUUGAACUAACACUAACACACAUCCUUAUCAUUUUUUCUUUUGACAUUUCUCCCAUCACCAAACCACCUCACCUCUCUUUUCCUUUUGGACCAUGGCCCAUAUACUUGCUUUAUAUAUCUAUAUAUCUAUAUAGAAAAACUAUAUCGUAAACACAUCAUUUAUUUUAGAAAAACUAGAUUCAGUUUACGCAUUACAAAUCCAAAUAUUAACCUAUUUUACUCGUUUAGACGUAAGUGACUAAGCAUAUUGUCCAACAAUAACCUGAUUCUAAGUAGGAUAAAUGUUUAUCGGCUGGACUCUUUCCCUGGAAAUUUUUUAUUUUCUUAAUUUAAUAAAAUAUCGUAGCACUCACCUCCAAUCACAAUUUGUUGUGUAAUUUUUUUUUGUUGUUGUUUAAAUAUAUAUAUUUUUUAAUUUUAUUGGUGUGGAUGACGAGAAAGAUGCAUAAAAAAUGGUGAAAAAUGAACAUAUUUACUUAGCAAAUAGUAUUAAAAAAAAAAAGAGAAUAAUAAAAGGGACGGUUGUUCCACCAAACGACCAAUGUUAUUAAAAAUUAUAUUAAAUUUGAAGUAAAGAGGAGAAACAUGAACAUCCAACGCCAACAAUACGAGGUUAGUACUAACUUCAAAUACCCCAAAAAGAAAACCCAACACCAUAUUUAUAAUUUUACCUUUCUCUCAUACAUAUAUAUGUAUAUAUAACACAAUAAAUUCCCAUUUCUCUCUAACUGUUUGCAUGCCAAUGGUCUCACCGUCACCGCCAUGUUUCUCCCCCUUCUAUUGCUCCUCUUCUUCUUCCUCUGUACGCCGUCCUGCCUUCCAUACCCUACAACACUGCCUCAAAACUCAACCGCCGCGGUGAUUAUUUUCCGGUCAAAUUCCUCUUCACUGCAGGGGCGCCGCCGCCUAACCGAAACGCUGCAUAACCCCCAUGCAACGGAACGUUAUGUAUUUUUUCCCGGGAAGCCACGGUGGGCGCGGCGAAUGCCGAUGGUGCUCACGUACGCAUUCUUCAAGGAGAAUUGGAUGAGCAACUUGAGUUUAAAAGACGUGAGAGCCGUAUUUCGUAAGGCGUUUUCGAAAUGGGCCCACGUGGUUCCGGUGAGUUUUGAGGAGACCGACGACUAUGGGUACGCCGAUAUUAAAAUCGGGUUUUACAGAGGCGAUCAUAGCGACGGACAGGCGUUCGACGGGGUGUUGGGGGUUUUGGCGCAUUCUUUUUCCCCCGAGAUUGGGAGGCUGCACUUGGAUGCGGCGGAGACGUGGGCGGUGGAUUUCGAAAAGGAGAAAUCAGCGGUGGCAGUUGAUCUGGAAUCGGUGGCGACGCAUGAGAUUGGUCAUUUGUUGGGGCUUGGUCACAGCUCGGUGAGGGAAUCGGUGAUGUACCCAAGUUUGAAGCCGAGGGAAAAGAAGGCGAACUUGGAAGUGGACGACGUGGAAGGCGUGCAAGCUCUGUACGGAUCGAAUCCGAAUUUCAAGUUUGAGUCUUUGGAAUUGGAGUCUGAUACUUCUGACACUCAGCCACCUGUUUCCACGUGUACAAUGGCAUGCCCUUUUUCACUUCCCUUCUUCUUCCUAAUUUUCCCUUGCCAUUUUUUUCUUUUUCCAUAAGGAUCUCACUUAACAAAUAUAUUCUUGCAAACAACAUUCUAUUUAAAAGUUCAUUAUCUUCAAACUUCAAAUUAUAAAUUACAGAGAGCCGCAUGAAGCUUAUCGAGCGACAUACACAUACAUACAGGAUUAGAUUAAGAUAUACAUGUGUUUGUGUGUGUGCGUGUGUAAAGUAAGUAAGAAAAUGAAAAAUGAUAAAGGGUAUUUUUGAUUGGUUUAAA